AUGGGAGACUGGAAUUUCCUUGGAGGCAUUUUAGAAGAGGUCCACAUCCAUUCUACUAUUAUCGGAAAGAUUUGGCUAACGAUCCUCUUCAUAUUUCGAAUGCUUGUCCUCGGAGUGGCAACCGAAGAUGUCUGGAACGAUGAGCAAUCAGAAUUUAUAUGCAAUACUGAGCAACCUGGUUGCAGAAAUGUGUGUUAUGAUGAGGCCUUUCCCAUCUCUCUCAUAAGAUACUGGGUCUUGCAAGUUAUAUUUGUGUCUUCCCCUUCCUUGGUGUAUAUGGGUCAUGCCUUAUACAGACUAAGAGCCUUGGAAAAAGAGAGGCAAAAACAGAAAGCUCAGGUAAGGGUGGAACUUGAAAGCACCGAAUUAGAAAUGACUAAAGAUCGUAAAAGGCUGGAGAGAGAACUCCGGCAAUUGGAUCAAAGAAAGCUAAAUAAAGCCCCCCUGAGAGGCUCUUUGCUCUGCACUUACGUGAUACAUAUUUUCACAAGAUCUGCAGUGGAAGUCAGCUUUAUGAUUGGGCAGUAUCUUCUUUAUGGCUUUCAUCUAGAUCCCCUUUAUAAAUGUCAGAGACAUCCAUGUCCAAACACAGUUGACUGCUUUGUAUCUAGACCAACAGAAAAGACAGUCUUUAUAUUAUUCAUGCAAUCAAUAGCGACUGUAUCAUUGCUUUUAAAUAUCCUGGAAAUUAUCCACUUAGGAUUACGAAAAAUUAAAAUGGGACUCUGUGAGCAGAAUAAAAACAAGGACGACUCUGACAAAUUCCACAUAAACACGUCUAAGAAAUACUCUGUGAUACCGCAGUCUUCUUUUGGAAUAUCCACCACCCCUCAGAAAACUCUUCCUUGUGCACUUAGCAGUUAUACCUUUUUUAUGGAAAAGCAAACUGACACUACUCUCUACCCAGUUCUAAUUUCUCCCUCUAUGUUUCAGUCUGUGCAAAACAAUCACACAGAAAGCAGCAGUAAUUACACCCAUUGCAAUCAGGAAAAUAAAUUGCCAAAGAAGAGGCCAACUACAAAUGCUUUAGAAAAUCAGACUCAAAAUGUCAGCAUGAAUAAUAACGAGGGUUUUCUUGGCGAGCUUGGGACUGAAGUGCAUGAUGCACAAAAAGAGGCUGAAAAGGAACAUUUCCUUGUUGUUACUCAGAAUGCAGAUAUGGCUUCAAACAUGUGUUUGAGAAGCUUUACUGACAUGCCAUCUCAAACUUCACUGCAACCCAAUACAAUUUUUCCUUGUACCAGUUUUAGGCGGCAGCAUGGAAUUGGUUUGUCUUGGAACUGCUCAGCAACGGUUGAGAGUGCAGGAGCUUCAACAAAUUCUCUUCCAAAGACCAGCAACACAGGACAAAGCAGUUUCAGUGCAAACAACGCCCAAACUCCUCCUUACAAUACUGACAUAAAAAAUUUUAGCCGACCAGACACUCCUGACUCUACAGAGGUGAGCUCAGAAUCUACACAAAGUAGAAACUUGAAUAGUCCUAAGCUUUACUCUCUGUCUAGGCAACUGUCACUGUCAAGUAAUGCCAGCAGCAGGCGUGCCCCCACUGAUCUUCAAAUAUAG